UGGUGACGGGAAAAAUCAGAGAAGUUUGCUGCGCUCGGGCCUCCUUGGUAGCCGCAGUUGGCUUGGCAUUUGUGCGUGUGGUCGUGCGGGGACGUCACGAACGAGACGCUGUGGAGUACGCGCCGGGACGGUAUGCGAACAGCGCUGGCGUCCCAGUGAGGAACAGGCCGACAGAGAAGCGGAUUUUUUGCUCCACUGCCUCCGUCGCUCGGGCGUCAUCGGGCCUCCGGCUCUCUGCUGAACCUCAGCGGCACGUCGCUGAAGCAGCCAUGCGUGUGCCCAGGUUACGUGGAUACUGCCUAGGCUGCUUGAUACUAGCGGACCCUCGGCAACCGCGAUCGUCUUGGCGCUUCUCACCUGGUGCCGAUGUGGCGCAGGCGACGAGGUCGAAGGUGGCGGGCUCGUGCUGAUGACGCGCGCGCCGAGUGAUGAGCGCCACUAGCGGCUCCAGUGCAGCAGCAGCAGCAAGGCUCGACGCAUCGUCCCUGGUCUCGCCGUCAGCACGUCCGCCGCAAUGGCGUCGCCUGCCUUGUCGGCGACCGCGGCCGACGGCGUCAGCUGGCAGCGCGGCGUGCGCGCCUCGGCGGCGUCUCUCUGUCGCGGUCACUUCUACAAGCUGGUCGCCGCCACCGUGGCCGGCUUCCUGCUGCUCGAGUACAGCUUCAACAUGCUCUCGACCAACCAGAAGCCGUUUAAGGUAGUCUCACCGGGACUUUCUUGGAUUUUCCGGCCAGUUCCUGGUGGCGCACAGCUCCCAGAGUCUGCCAGUCCAUAUUCCGUGAACAAAUCGCACUUCGAUAAGAUCUUUCCCACUUCCCCACGUCUUGAUAACACCAGCACUAUGCCUGCCUUGGAGCUCUGUCCACUAGUGCCACCUCACUUAGUUGGUCGAUUAAAAGUGCUCAAGGAUGCUCCCUCGUUUGAGACGAUGGAGAAGGAGUUCCCGCACAUACUGCCUGGCGGACGUUACAAGCCCACGGACUGCACGGCUAGGCAUAGAGUGGCCAUCUUGGUUCCUUACCGUGACCGUGAGGAUCACCUCAGGGUCUUCCUCUACAACAUGCACCAAAUGCUGCCCCGGCAGCAAAUAGAUUAUACCAUCUUCGUAAUUGAGCAGGCUGGCCAGGGGAAGUUCAACCGCGCCAAGCUAUUCAACGUGGGCUACCUGGAGGCACUGGCAUUGUACGACUACCAGUGCUUCAUCUUCCACGAUGUGGACCUCAUACCCGAGGAUGACAGGAAUCUGUACACCUGCCCCGAGCAGCCUCGCCACAUGUCAGUGGCCAUAGACACCAUGAAGUACAGGCUUCCUUAUGCCCUGAUAUUCGGUGGCGUCAGUGCCCUCAAGAAGGAGCACAUGCAGCUCGUCAAUGGCUUCUCGAACGAGUACUGGGGCUGGGGAGGUGAAGAUGACGACAUGUCGUAUAGGCUGCAGCACUAUCACUUAAAGAUUUCUAGGUAUCCUGCCAACAUUGCGAGGUACACAAUGCUGAAGCAUGCUAAGGACACGCCAAGUCCAGAAAGGUACAAGCUUCUAUACAAAGGGAAGCUACGCUACAGGAAGGACGGCAUCAACAGUGUAAAUUACGAGCGUGUGGACAUUGUGUUCAAGAAACUCUACACAUGGAUUCUAGCGGACCUGAAAGGCAAAUGACCUCUCCAGUGCUCAGUCCUUUUGUUUCAGCAAAGUGUACCCACACACAUCCUUCCACGUUUGCUACGUGGAGAUCGCCACUGCUUUUCAAGUCGUGCGCCUUGUGAGUCCACCGCAGUCGCAGAUCUCGUGCGCCGCCCACGUGAAACUCCAUUGCCAGUUUCCCGACCAGCGCCCAAAAAUGCAGGAGCACGUGCGCUAAGCGGUGCCAGCGAGAGUGCUACACGUUGAGUCUUUGUACACAAAACAUGGACGCGCACCAACGGUGUUGCAAGCGUGACUCGUGCUUUCUUUUUUUCCCUUGCCUUCUUCAGUGUCACAUACGAGUGCUGUGUACGAGACUCUUGUGGCCCAUAUGCAAACACACACAUAGGACUGUUUUUUUCACAAUCCACGCUACAGUCUCCAUCCAUGCAACAUUCUAUCAUUUGUUUCGUUGUUUCUGUGAGCCAUGUCAAUCUGCGAGGGGAAAAAACUCCUGCGCAGCGUUCAGGUGAUGCAGUGCGCACAUUCGAGUCAUGCACGUUUUCAUUUUUAGUGUUUCUUAGACAAGCGCAUGGAGUUUUAUUACGAUUGUUGUACGUUCGAAUUCUCCGCGCCUGCCGAUCCAUCGUUUCCGCAAUGUCCCACGCGUUCGCUUCCUUUCGUAUGAUUAGACUUCACCUGUCUCACACUGAGCGGCAGUUAUCGUCCCACUGCUCCUGCUUCGUACGUCGAGUCCUGUGGUGUGUCCCCCUGUGCCACGUGUUAGUGAAAAAACUGUUCUUUGCUCCGCGUUUCAUCGAGUUCGCAUGCACCUCCCGUUUCUGGGUUGUAGCAUAUUAUUUAGUAUUUUAUGUGGAAACUUUUUAAAGCCAGAUAGAUAUAUUGUGUACAUCCUCCUGUUUGUUUUUCAUUUUUUUAAUGCAGUGUAAUAUCUUUGCAUUAGUGCGUCAAACUGGUAAAGGAACGCUGCUCGCGUUCAAGCGUCACCCAUUCAGCGUUUGACAGGUGGAGCUGGCGUCUGGCAUCCGACUGUCGGAAUGAAGGACAUGGUAGGUUCGCGAUGUGAUUUUUUUGUUCCAUGCUGCCCUCAAUGCAAUGAGAGGUGCGUGCGUCCGUGAUCGAAGUGCUAGUGCCAGUAUUGUUUUUCGAGAUAUUUUGUUUGUUUCUGUCUUUAUUUUAUAGAUAUGCAAGAAUUACACACCGCACCAUGCAGAUUAUAUUUCGUGUUCGUUGUGCCCCUGGCUCCUGGCUACUUUAACAAAGUGCAGCGGAACAAGAUUUUUAUACGUAACCGCCAUGUUAUUCCUGCUUGUUGAAGAUCUGUUUUUGGUUGUUUUUUUGUGUAGUGCGUGCCACAUUUCCGAGAACCGUUAUGUAAAGGUUUGCCUUUUUGCAGUUUCUGCAUGUUCAGUAAGGAUGUUGACGUGCACAAGCUUUCCUUCCGUCGAGUGCCGCCUAACCUUGUUCUGUGACGUUCCGAGCGACACUGUUUUAGAUGUUCUCUAUGUUGUCAACUGCAGAAGAAAUUCAGGCGGAAGUGUUUUAGCUUUUUCGUUUUACGUGGGUGCCAUCGACAGGCAUUUCCCCUCUGCCCGUUUCUGAUACCUUUUAUACACUUCCAGAAUAUGACAGGCAAGGGUUUCUAAUUGCUGCUGCAUAUUUAUUGCGUUGUUUCGAAUGAACAAAAUGAUUCGCAUGAUAAUAAAGCCUGUUUAAUUUUUUGCUUUAC